CCUAAGGCCCCGCCUGCUUCUGUUCCGCGUGGUGAUUCACUCCCUUCUUGGGCCCUGGGCCCCCUCCCCGGCCAAACGGCUGGCUAGACGGCUGAGUGUGCAGUGUGUCCUCGAACCUGCGAGAAAGCGAGCAGAUCAUCCGCGCCCCUAGGGACUCUGGCCCACGCCAUGGCGGAUUCCGAGCGCUUCUCGGCCCCCGGCUGCUGGGCCGCCUGCACCAACUUCGCACGCACCCUCAAAGGAAUUCUUCUCUUUGCUGAGAUUAUAUUGUGCCUGGUGAUUCUGAUCUGCUUCAUUGCCUCCACAUCGGCAUACUCCUCUCUGUCAGUGGUUGAGAUGAUCCUUGCCGCUGUCUUCUUUGUCAUCUACAUGUGUGACCUGAACACCAGGAUACAGAUCAUCAACUGGCCUUGGAGUGAUUUCUUCCGAGCCCUCGUAGCGGCCAUUCUCUACCUGAUCAUCUCCAUUGUCGUCCUCGUUGAGAAAGGAAACCACUCCAAAAUCAUUGCAGGGGUGAUGGGCCUAAUCGCUGCGUGCCUCUUUGGCUUUGAUGCCUAUUUCACCUUCCCGUUGAGGCAGCAAAGACAUACAGCAGCCCCUACUGACCCUGCAGAUGGCCCGGUGUAGGUGAACUCCCUUCAUUUCUCUCUGCAACCUGCAAAUAACACUUCCAUUGAAAUGACUCCUCCCCAACCCUACAAACACUUCUAGCCAAACUCCCAGUCCCCUAAUUGAGGUAAAAGUGCCUUUAUCAGAAUUUGUCUUUCAGCCUGCCAAUCAACCAUCCUGGGUGUGGCCACCUUUAUGGCUGUGUCAAGUAUCCAAAAGCAGACACCAGUUCUGCCUGGACUUAUGCCUCCACCUCAGGCACAAAAUGAGGGAGAAGUGUGCCUCAGAUUUCACAGUCCAGCCCCUAGGUUGUGGCCCACUCCAAUAAACCUCAGUGUGGAGAGGUGGUGGUUCUGUGGAGGGAUAAAUAUAAAUAAAUAAUAAACAGAUUGUUAGACUGUA